AUGGAGGCCACGAUAUUCGUGCUCAGUUCUCUAGCCACCAACCUCGCUGGAAUCUACUGGCAUGUCCCCUUUACUGUCGUUGAUCCUCAGCACACGUUCCUUGAGCGAUUGGUGGGCUCCGUUCAGGUGUCCAGCACCAUCUACACUCUCAGGUAUUGGCAUCCUCUCGUGUUUCCCGAAGCCGCAAAAUGUGAAAGCCCAUGCGAAAGCCCAUGUGAAAGCCCAGCGCAGAAUGCUUCAAUGGAGCUUGGUGACGUACUGAAGAACGUUAUGGAUCAGUAUGUUCAGAAACAGAAUUUGACGACCACUUGUCCAACAAAUAUUGGUACUUCUUGCAGCGAUCAACCCCUUCCACUUACCACGAUACAUCACACGCUCUUCGGAAGGACUUUUGACAUUCCUCUUGAUCAGAAUUCUGCCGAUUUGUACUGGACUGUCUUCUUUACGGCCCUUGUACUGAUUGCUAUCAUUCUCGUACUCUGGAAGGGAUUCACCCAAGGCAGCCGCAAGCAUGAUACGAAUGCUACAUCGGUCCAGGAAUCCGACAUGUCGGCAGACCUUCCAAGCGAGAAAGAGGCCCUGAAUUGGAUUCGUAUCGCUCGCUUUGCUGUCGCUUUGGGAAUCAAAGACGAUAUUGCGCAUGACAGCGACAACAUUAGAGCAAAGAUCGCGGAGAUUCCAGAGAACUUGCGCCAAUUCCAAGGAAUUCUCCAGUCCGAUUGCAUGGCCGCCGAAUGCAAGGAAGGAGAUGAUGUGGAAUCCAACAAAAUGACGCCCACGCAAGUCUUUGAUGGUCACCUUCGGUUUUGCACCGAAGUAGUGAAAAGUGCCCUGGAGGCGCUGAAUCAACUCAGCAGACGGGUGGACCACAGAAUAAACCUACAAGAGCAACCGCUAGACGUGUACGGCGACAGCCAAGGAGAUCAGCAGCUUAAAGAUCCAACUGAGGAGUUUCAUCUGUAUCAGCACAAGUGCCUCACCAAGGGCACCCUGGAAGCAACAACAUCGGCCAUGGAAAAGCGCAUUCUCGGAACAGUGGAUGAUCUUAUUUCAGCCCUUGACGAAGAAACGAAGAAGAGGAUUGAAAAGAUCGAGUCUGCACUUGCAAAGGUUCAACAAUCCCUUUCUGUUGGUGUUGUCGAUCAGGAACAGCUGAACGAGAUUAUUGGCGGUCUCAAAGCAGACAUUGAGAAUCUCCGAACGUCAUUGCAAUCACUUUCUCGCGAGGGCAAUAACUCGCAAACUGGUGUCGAUACCAUCGUUCACGAGCAAGUGCAGAGCCUAGAGAAGCGUGUGCAAUCCCUCGAGCGUGCGGCUUCAGUGACCCCCCUCGACAAGAAGCAGAUUGAGCAAGAACUUGACGAACUCGACCAAGCCGUGUUCAACCUGAAGGAUUCUCAUGCAGAAAUCCAGUCGAAACUCGACUUAACCGUCACCGAAACACAAGUGAAAGAAGCUUUGAAAGAAAUAGCCGCACGCCUGGAGCAACAAACUGAAGGAAUGAAAAUCCAACUCCAUGGGCUCAUGAAAGCUUUGGAUGAAGUCAAGAACGCUGCGAGCGAGUCGAAGAACAAGGACCCUGGACUUGCCAAACAAUUGGAAGAUAUUGAAAGGGCAAUCGAGGAUUCAACGAAGGAGGUACAAUGCUUCAGAAAUGAACUUGACUCUCACAAUCUGGAAUACAAAAGUCUGCAGGAGGCCGUCAAUCGUGCCCUCGAGUGGAAUAAGGAGCUUGAGGAGGGCAUUAAGCAAAAGAUCAGCAGAGUAACCAGGAAUAUCAUGGAAACUAAUGCCCGGAUGCAUAUAUCGACCGAAGCCAUGCAUAAGCUCGACGAAUACAAGUGGCAGCAAAGAAACAUGAACAUGAGUAUUUGGGGACAUCUAGAAAAAUGCAUGGCCGCUUUGGGCAUCAAAUUCGACUUGAGCGCUGCUGAUCUAGUGACUAUACAGGAUAGAAGCCCGGGUCCUGACGAAAAUUCUGAGUCGAACGAUGAGGAUCUUGCUGCAGAGCAUGGCGCACAUAAGAGCGGGGCCGACGUUGUCGAUGAAGGGCCUUCACAGAACGAAGCUCAAGCCGCAGGACUCGAGGCCCAAUCGUCAAAGAGGACAGCACAACCUACAAAGGACGAAGCCGGAACCCCAAAGGGCGAAGAUCAAAUAAACGAACAAGUGCAGACAUCCGACGAUCAACGCCGUGCGACUGCCCAGUCUCAGGCGAUCAGUCCCAGGACUUCAGAUCCAGCUUCCAAAGCAAUUAGUGGUCCAAAGCAAUCGCCGGUAGCAGGCUGGGGUGAUGAAGCUGCGAAACACGACAAAGCAGACACAGCGCAAUCGCGAGCAGAGCAUAAUCAAGAGGUUGAGAAGGGCCACGAAUCUGCUGCAUUAGGAACUCAGCUCGAAGAGGCUUUAGUCCAACCGAAGGCAUCAGACGGAACCCAGUCUCCUCAGACAACGAGGUUUGUGAAGGGCAAAUCAUCUGAGAAGCACAUCCCAGAAGCCCUCCGUUUGGAGCCCGAGACAUCUACCUCCGCAAGGCGCGGGAAAAGCCAAGGACUUGGCCAGGCUUCGGCUCAAUCGCCUUCAAAGCCCAAUAUUGAGCCUACCUCUGCUGAAAUGAGCAAGAGUAGGUGGGCUCCCUCAACUCCGACCCAAGUGCAACCGAAGACAUCAGAAGGGACCCAGUCUUAUCAGACACCGGGUUCUGCGAAGGGCAAAUCAUCUGGGAAGCACACCCCAAGGACACCUUGUUCGAAGACAGAGACAUCUGCUUCGUCCGCAAAGCGCGAGAAGAGCAAAGAAGCUGGGGCGGCUUCGGCUCAGUCGCCUUCAAAGCCCAACACUGAGUCUACCUCUGCUGAAAUGAGCAAAAGCAUGUGGGCUACUUCAACUCCAACCCAGGCUCAGCCUAAAGCACCUACUGGAACUGAAGAAGAUCAGUCAGCUAGCCCUGCUUCAGCACAAGCGCCAAAGCUGGCUGCGCCAGCUUCUACCGAAAUGGGCAAAAGCAGGUGGGCAGAUCCUCCUCUGGCUAAGACUCAGCCUAACACACCUAGUCGUGCAGGAGUUGAAGGAAGCCAGCACGCCGGUCCUGCUUCAGCCAAAGCUCCACCAAAGCUAGAUGCUGAAAUGAGCAAAAGCAGGUGGGCUAGUCCGGCUUCAGGCCAAGCUCCUUCAAAGCUGGAUGAACCCACUUCUGCUGGACUGAGCAAAAGCAGAUGGGCCGACGAGUCUCCAACCGCGCAGAGAUCAAAGAGCGUUUCCUUGCCCUCCGAAAAGAAUCCGAAAGGAGAUCUUGGCGAAACUUUUUGA